AUGGCUGACGAGGGUAUUGUGGUGGAAAGUAGUGUGGUGGACGAGGGUAGUGUGGUGGACGAGGGUAGUGUGGUGGACGAGGGUAGUGUGGUGGACGAGGGUAGUGUGGUGGACGAGGGUAGUGUGGUGGACGAGGGUAGUGUGGUGGACGAGGGUAGUGUGGUGGACGAGGGUAGUGUGGUGGACGAGGGUAGUGUGGUGGACGAGGGUAGUGUGGUGGACGAGGGUAGUGUGGUGGACGAGGGUAGUGUGGUGGACGAGGGUAGUGUGGUGGACGAGGGUAGUGUGGUGGACGAGGGUAGUGUGGUGGACGAGGGUAGUGUGGUGGACGAGGGUAGUGUGGUGGACGAGGGUAGUGUGGUGGACGAGGGUAGUGUGGUGGACGAGGGUAGUGUGGUGGACGAGGGUAGUGUGGUGGACGAGGGUAGUGUGGUGGAGGGAGCUUUGGUGUCGGUGACUGCCGCAUCAGAGCAACAGCAAGAGCAGAGCAACAGGAAAGCGCCAUAA